AUGAGGGUUACCAUUGUAGCUUGGGCAAGAGAAUUUCUCAUAGAAGUUGGCUGUCAAGAACCUGUUCUUGAAAUCAAAGCAAAGAUUGAGCUCCUCCUAGGUGUUCCAGUGUCUGCACAAAUUCUCUCAAUCCUUGGCUGGGAAUUGGUCGAUGGACUAGACAUGGAAGAUUACCCCAUUGUCACUGAAGGCACAAGGAUUGAUCUCACAAUCAAGCCAAUGACUCCUCCCCCAUUCAAUAAUCACAGUGGAAAGAUUCAAAUCACAGUAAAAUUUUCAGCGAAGCAGAUUAACAUAGAGGUUGAUACAACAGACACUGUGCGUAGCUUGAAAGAAAAAAUCCACAUCGUUGAGAGCACACCAAUCAAAAGAAUGUCUCUUUUCUUUUCUGGAGUAGAAUUAGAUGAAGAUUUUCGCAAUCUCAGCGAGUAUGGUAUUGGUGAAUUCUCUGAGAUCAUUGUGUUUCUUAAGACUGUGAAUCGUCUAAGAGAUGAUCCUCCUACAAGAAAGCUGAACAUUGUGGUGAAAACUUCUUCUGCUUUGCUUAAUGCAGCGAGCAUUCCUUUGGAGAUGAAGGAUUCUAGCACCGUUAAUGAUCUAAGGAGUCUUCUUUUGAGCAGAAAAAUUCUUCCAGAAGAUGACUAUUUGUUCAUUCACAAGCAGAGGAUCAUGCGAGAUAAUUGUAGCCUUCGCUGGCAUGGCGUCGAGAAUGGAGACUCUCUUUAUGUCUUCAAGGGGACAGUGAGCCGAAAUGGAUACUGA